GGAACUUAUGGUCUAGGCUACCAUACGGACUCGAUAGUCAAGAUGGCGGCGCCUGAGGGACUUGUGAGACUCUAGGUGGGCGACCUAUUUGUUUGCUGCUGAGCCGCUGCACUGGGCAUGCGAAAUAGGAGUACGGUGUCCGGGAGGCGCGGCUAGUAGCGGAAGUAGUUGUGGGAGCCUUUGCAACCGCCUCAGACACUGUCUGAGGUUUGUGUCGGUCCGCGGGUCGCUGGCUGUAGUCAAGAGGGGGUGCGCGUUGAACGGAGAUAUGGAAGGAGAUGGUUCAGAUCCAGAGCCUCCAGAUGCUGGAGAGGACAGCAAGUCGGAGAAUGGAGAGAAUGCACCCAUCUACUGCAUCUGCCGCAAGCCAGACAUCAAUUGCUUCAUGAUUGGGUGUGACAACUGCAAUGAGUGGUUCCAUGGGGACUGUAUCCGGAUCACUGAGAAGAUGGCCAAGGCCAUCCGGGAGUGGUACUGUCGGGAGUGCCGAGAGAAGGACCCAAAGUUGGAGAUUCGCUAUCGGCACAAAAAGUCCCGGGAGCGGGAUGGCAGUGAGCGGGACAGCAGUGAGCCCCGGGAUGAGGGUGGAGGGCGCAAGAGGCCUGUCUCAGAUCCAGAACUGCAGCGCCGGGCAGGGUCAGGGACAGGGGUUGGGGCCAUGCUUGCUCGGGGCUCUGCUUCGCCCCACAAAUCCUCUCCACAGCCCAUGGUGGCCACACCCAGCCAGCAUCACCAUCACCACCACCAACAGCAGCAGCAGCAGCAGCAGCAGCAGCAGCAACAACAACAAAUCAAAAGGUCAGCCCGCAUGUGUGGUGAGUGCGAGGCAUGCCGGCGCACUGAGGAUUGUGGCCACUGUGACUUCUGCCGGGACAUGAAGAAGUUUGGUGGCCCCAACAAGAUCAGGCAGAAGUGCCGACUGCGCCAGUGUCAGCUGCGGGCUCGGGAAUCGUACAAGUACUUCCCUUCCUCGCUCUCGCCGGUGACACCCUCAGAGGCCCUGCCAAGGCCCCGCCGGCCACCACCCACUCAACAGCAGUCACAGCCAUCCCAGAAGCUGGGGCGCAUCCGUGAAGAUGAGGGGACAGUGGUGUCAUCGGUGGUUAAAGAGCCACCUGAGGCUACAGCAACACCUGAGCCACUUUCGGAUGAAGACUUAGCACUGGACCCUGACCUGUACCAGGACUUCUGUGCAGGGGCCUUUGAUGACCAUGGUCUGCCCUGGAUGAGUGACACCGAAGAGUCUCCCUUCCUGGACCCCGCACUGCGGAAGAGGGCAGUUAAAGUGAAACAUGUGAAGCGUCGAGAGAAGAAGUCUGAGAAGAAGAAGGAGGAGAGAUACAAACGGCAUCGGCAGAAACAAAAACAUAAGGACAAAUGGAAACAUCCAGAAAGAGCUGAUGCCAAAGACCCUGCAUCACUACCACAGUGCCUGGGGCCUGGCUGUGUGCGGGCUGCCCAGCCUAACUCCAAGUAUUGCUCAGAUGACUGUGGCAUGAAGUUGGCAGCUAACCGCAUCUAUGAGAUCCUCCCCCAGCGCAUCCAGCAGUGGCAGCAAAGCCCCUGCAUUGCUGAAGAACAUGGCAAGAAGCUACUUGAACGCAUUCGCCGUGAGCAGCAGAGUGCCCGCACCCGCCUCCAGGAAAUGGAGCGCAGAUUCCAUGAACUUGAGGCCAUCAUUCUGCGUGCCAAGCAGCAGGCUGUGCGCGAGGAUGAGGAGAACAAUGAGAAUGACAGUGACGACACAGAUCUGCAGAUCUUCUGUGUCUCUUGUGGGCACCCUAUCAAUCCACGUGUUGCCUUGCGCCACAUGGAGCGCUGCUAUGCCAAGUAUGAGAGCCAGACAUCCUUUGGGUCCAUGUACCCCACACGCAUUGAAGGGGCUACGCGACUCUUCUGUGAUGUCUACAAUCCCCAGAGCAAAACAUACUGCAAGCGGCUCCAGGUGCUGUGUCCUGAGCACUCAAGGGACCCCAAAGUGCCAGCUGAUGAGGUAUGUGGAUGCCCACUUGUACGAGAUGUCUUUGAGCUCACAGGUGACUUCUGCCGCCUGCCCAAGCGCCAGUGCAAUCGCCAUUACUGCUGGGAGAAGCUGCGGCGCGCAGAAGUGGAUCUGGAGCGGGUCCGGGUGUGGUACAAACUGGACGAGCUGUUUGAGCAGGAGCGCAAUGUCCGCACAGCCAUGACAAACCGGGCAGGAUUACUGGCCCUGAUGUUGCAUCAGACGAUCCAGCAUGACCCACUCACUACUGACUUGCGCUCCAGUGCUGACCGCUGAGCUUCACCAGCCCAGAUCCCCUCCUGCAUUCCAGUUAGGGGAGCGGCCAUAAAUCCACCAGUUGUCCGUUCCUCCAUCUGUUUCUUCCGCUGGCCCUGAGUUUUCACCCUGUGCCCAUCUACCUUUUGUCUGCCCAUCUGCCCUUACCAAAGGGUCUUUGUAUCUCCCUCUUUCCAUCCUCUGUGCCUGGGUGAGGCUGUUUACUCACUCUUGCCUAACCACCCUCCACCGGGUUUUGUUAAUAAAAAAGUUUUGAAAAACCAAGGAAGAUAA